AUGGACACAGACACAGGCAUGCACCAAAACCAACACAACAACCAACAGUUCAAAAUCCAGCACAACCACAACCAGCACAGCAACCAACAGUUCAAAACACUGCACCACAACCAACAGUUCAAAACACUGCACCACAACCAACAGUUCAAAACACUGCACCACAACCAACAGUUCAAAACACUGCACAACAACAACCACAAACAGAGCAAGGACAUAAAAGAAGUAGAGAACAAGGAAACCAAGAAUUCUUAA